CCCAGUUCUGAGCUCUCAGCAAAGGCUUGCCGGGAUACCUCAUUCCCAGUCCUGUACAAAGACCAUGUCCACUGGGUCCCUCAGUGAUGCGGAAGAUCUGCAGGAGGUGGAGAUGCUGGAGUGCGAUGGCCUGAAAAUGGAUACUAACAAAGAGUUUGGGGCGUCCAACGAGAGCAACGAGGAGGGAUCCAAUGGCGAGAAUGGCUCCCCUCAGAAGGGGAGAGGGGCCUCGGGCAAGAGGAAAAAGGCUCCCCCCAAGAAGAGCCCUUUAAAUGGAGUGAGCCAAGAGGGAAAGCAGGUCCAGAGAAAUGCUGCCAACGCCAGGGAGAGGGCGAGGAUGAGGGUCCUUAGCAAAGCCUUCUCCAGGCUUAAGACCACCCUGCCAUGGGUGCCCCCAGACACCAAGCUUUCCAAACUGGACACCUUGAGGUUGGCCUCCAGCUACAUUGCUCACCUGAGGCAGAUCCUGGCCAAUGACAAGUAUGAAAAUGGCUACAUCCACCCGGUCAACCUGACUUGGCCUUUUAUGGUAGCCGGCAAACCCGAGAGUGACCUGAAAGAAGUGGUGAACACAAACCGCUUGUGCGGCCCGACGGCAUCCUGAGCCCCGGCGGCCCGGCCAGCAGCGGCCCGGCGCGGCCGGGGAGCGGGCGGCGGGGCGGGCAGGGACACGACGCGGCCCCGCCGCUGCCCCGAGCCCCGGGCAGAGCGACAGGGAGAGCCGCUCUCCCGGCGCAGAGGAGACCAAAUGUGCCCUAGCAAAGACUCCACCCCGAGAGAUCCCGACUCUAUUUAACUUUAUUAAAUGCGUGUACAGUCGAAUGUCCUGCAACAACAGCCUUGCUGGUUCAAGCGCUACUAGAGAAAAGACAGAGAUCAAACAAAAACUACCACGCGUGUAUCUUUUGUCUGAGACCUGUGAAAUAUGUAGAUGCCUAGAAAAUACUGACUUUGACAGUCAUCUCUAUGAAGUAAUUCACCCUAAAGAUAUAUAGAUAUAUUUUCUUCAAGCAGGUUUUGCUCUAUUUCUGUGAAUAAACCUUCUUUUCCACUGA